AUGUCAAAAAAUUUUGAAGAACCAAGCGAAGUCUAUGAAAAGGCUAGAACUUAUCCUCGCCAUCCCGCUGCCCACGCAAAAGGUGGUUUUCAUAUGAGCUAUAUCAACGACACUAAGACAAACGAAGUUGUAAAAAGUGUUUUAAAGCAAGUAGGAACUAAAAUCGUUAAGGGUGAAAUCUAAAAUAUUAUGACUAUUAGCAAGCCUGCUGCUUUGUGUAAAGACCUCACCUACUUAGAAAUUAUUGCUACCGAUUAACAAAAUUUAGAUAUUUUAAAACUAGCAGCUUUAAAACCUUAUGAUCCAGUAUUUUAAAUGAAAUGCGUUAUCACUCAUACAAUCUCUUCACUCUGCUUAAGUCCCGAAAUACUCUACACUAAAGCACCCAUUGACAAUCUCUUGGGAGAAACAUGCCAAAUGUUUAAAGAAGAUGGAUCUCAAUAUUAUGGAGAAUGUAUUAGCGUUAAUCCCCCAUGUGUCAGAUACCAAGUUUCAACACCUAAAAAAUAAUUCUAAAUAUAUGGCUCACAUAAAGUAGGAGCAAGCGUAACUCCUUCUUUAAAUGCCUUAAACGGUAUCGCUUACGGAAACAAAAUAGUUGAUUUUGGUGAUGGAAAUAAAUUUGAAAUUGAAUAUUCAUAAAUAUAAAUAGUUGGUAUAAUCCUUGGUGAUAGAAUUAUGCAUUAAUAGAAAUCAUUUAAGAUAAAAAACAAAAAAACAAGCUUAGAAGCAGAAAUCAAGUUUUACUAUGAUAGUUCCAGUUAAGUAUCUAAAGUUGCUAGUACUAUUGGCAGUUUCUUUGGUGUAGGCAAAAAAUAAGCACCAACUGAAAAGAGAAAGCAAGAUGAUUUCGAUGUUAUCAUUGAAAAAGUUUAAGAAAUAGAUGGUGAUGUCAUGAGAGCUGUUGUUUCAAAAGGAUGCGGAAACUGGUUAGAAUUUAUAUAGUUUGAUGGUAUUGUCUACUGGAAGGUAAACUAAAAAGAAUAACCAUGGAGCCAUAGCGAAAAGUUGCUCGAAUCAGACUGCACCUACAGAAUAGACAGAUAAUUAAUUUCAAAAGGAAUGACUGAUAGAGCUGAACAAUAAAAAUUAAUGUACGAAGAGAGAGACAAAAAAGAUUAAGACCUUAGAAAAAAAUAUAAAAAAUCACAUAAUUUAACAACCAAAAGCCAUUGA